GCGCUUUUGUACAUUGUCGGCGAAAUAAGCUGCGCUGAAUAAGUGUAUUUUGUGAUAAUAAUUGAUAAGUCCGGGGUGAGAAGAUGUCGGAAAGUAUACAGAGUAUACAGGGUACUUUUGUCUCGGAGAAAAUAUCGAAGGUCAGGUGGAAGCACGAGGACUUCACCGAUGCGAAUUAUUUCCUCACCGGCAGCUGGGACGAUUCGGCAAACAAAGUCAGUUAUUGGACGUUUCAAAAAAAUGAUGAAGAAGAGUUGUAUCCAGCGUGUAUCACAUCUUACCCUGUGAUCGGUGAUGUAACUGAAAUAAAAUUCAUUGGUCCAGACCACUUUGUUUGUUCGUCAUCUGCUGGCAAUGUUAAGGUGCUGAAACUUCAAGAUGAACCUUUUCCAGAAAUAAAAGAGGAAAAUGCUUGGGACAAAAUACACAGAUUUCGUUAUAAAGAACCAGCAUCUUGUACAGCACUUUCAACUUUUGAACAAGAUAUUGUCACUGUAGGGGAGGAUGGCAGAAUCAAUUUGCUCACUGCCCAGCAAAAAAAUCCAGUCAGAACAAUUGAUGAAGCAGACAGCUGUUCUCUGUACUGUGUUGACUUUUUACGCCACAGUGAAAUUCUUACGGGAAAUAUUCGAGGUCACAUGAAAGUAUGGGAUUUACGCAGCGACCAAGAUACACCAUCUACAACCAUUAUGCUUUCGGAGCAAACAAAAACAGAAGCCACUAGCAUAGCACACCAUCCAACUCAGAAACACAUAGUUGUAGCUGGUGGAGGUGAUGGUAGUCUCACAGUUUGGGAUCUACGUUACAACACAUAUCCAACUAGCCAAUUAAGCGCACAUUCCAAGAGCGUCAGUGAAAUUCUCUUCCACAGAGACAGACCAGAUAAUCUAUUCACUUGCUCCAUUAGUGGAGAAGUUUGGCACUGGAAUAACACGCAGCAGAGUAAACUCAAAUUGGAUGCAACGGAUACACACUGGCUGAACACGAUCGCGAGCAAAGGAAAACUCCAAGUCAACUCCAUAUGCACUCCCUUGCACAAGCCAGUGAACAGCAUUGAUAUUGACAAAACAACUCUGCUGUUCGGGUGUGAUAACGAGGCGAUAUACUCGGCUACCUCGUCAAUAGCAUCAACAGCAGCAGCAGCAGCACAGAAGAGUCAAGUGCAAUUGAAUCCAUACACUGGAUUGCCCUACACACCUCGUUACCAUGAAUUUUACAGGAAAAGGAUCACCUUGCCCGUGUUUGAAUACCGGGCAGAUUUUAUGCGGCUAUUGGCUCAACACCAGUGUAUUGUACUUGUAGGUGAAACAGGUUCUGGAAAAACAACACAAAUUCCACAAUGGUGUGUAGAAUACUCGAAGAGUGCUGGCACAAAAGCAGUAGCAUGUACGCAACCCAGACGAGUCGCAGCAAUGUCUGUUGCACAAAGAGUGUCAGAAGAAAUGGAUGUCGCACUGGGUCAGGAAGUUGGUUACAGCAUUCGUUUCGAGGACUGCAGUUCGUCCAAGACAAUCCUCAAAUACAUGACUGACGGUAUGUUACUUCGCGAGGGUAUGUCUGACCCCAUGUUGGAGGCUUACCAGGUGAUUCUGCUUGAUGAGGCUCACGAGAGAACUCUGGCCACGGAUUUGCUUAUGGGUGUCCUCAAAGAGGUCAUCAAGCAGCGCUCCGAUCUGAAGCUCAUUAUCAUGAGUGCGACCCUCGAUGCUGGCAAGUUCCAGCAAUACUUCGACAAUGCGCCCUUGAUGAACGUGCCCGGCCGAACCCACCCGGUCGAAAUCUUUUACACACCCGAGCCGGAGAGGGACUAUCUCGAGGCGGCUAUUCGCACAGUUGUCCAGAUCCACAUGUGUGAGGAGGUGCCCGGUGACCUGCUACUCUUCCUCACUGGUCAGGAGGAGAUCGAGGAAGCUUGCAAACGGAUAAAGCGCGAAAUGGACAGUCUUGGGCCGGAAGUUGGCACCCUCACAUGUAUACCACUGUACUCGACUCUUCCUCCAGCCCUUCAGCAGCGCAUCUUUGAACCGGCGCCACCCACCAAACCUAACGGUGGAAUCGGUCGCAAAGUUGUCGUAUCGACGAACAUUGCCGAGACCUCGCUCACCAUUGACGGAGUUGUGUUUGUCAUAGACCCAGGUUUCGCCAAGCAGAAGGUCUAUAACCCGAGGGUUCGAGUUGAGUCGCUCCUUGUGUCGCCGAUCAGUAAGGCCUCGGCGCAACAGAGAGCCGGUCGUGCCGGUAGAACGAAACCCGGAAAAUGCUUCCGACUGUAUACCGAAAAAGCUUACAAAAACGAGAUGCAGGAGAACACCUACCCUGAGAUCCUCAGAUCGAAUCUCGGUAGCGUCGUCCUGCAGCUCAAAAAGCUCGGAAUCGACGACUUGGUGCAUUUUGACUUUAUGGAUCCGCCAGCUCCCGAGACCCUCAUGAGAGCGUUGGAACUUCUCAACUAUUUAGCUGCGCUUGACGACGAUGGAAAUUUGACGGAUCUGGGCGCUGUCAUGGCCGAAUUCCCUCUUGAUCCUCAACUUGCCAAGAUGCUCAUCGCUUCCUGCAAUCACAACUGCAGUAAUGAAAUCCUCAGCAUCACUGCUAUGUUAUCAGUCCCGCAGUGUUUUGUGAGACCUAACGAGGCAAAGAAAGCUGCGGAUGAGGCAAAGAUGCGUUUCGCUCACAUCGACGGAGAUCAUCUGACAUUGUUGAAUGUCUAUCACGCUUUCAAACAGAAUCAGGAAGAUAAUCAAUGGUGCUACGAUAAUUUCGUCAACUACAGGUCCUUGAAAAGUGGAGACAACGUGAGGCAGCAACUGAGCAGAAUCAUGGAUAGAUUUCAGUUAAAGAGAACGUCGACGGAUUUUACAUCAAAGGAUUACUACAUCAAUAUCAGAAAGGCCUUAGUUAAUGGAUUCUUCAUGCAGGUUGCACAUCUUGAAAGAACCGGUCAUUAUUUGACGAUUAAAGAUAAUCAAAUUGUUCAACUUCACCCUAGUAGCUGCCUGGAUCACAAGCCCGACUGGGUUAUUUACAAUGAAUUUGUAUUAACUACGAAAAACUACAUUAGAACAGUGACCGAUAUCAAACCUGACUGGUUGUUGAGGAUUGCACCUCAGUACUACGACUUACAAAAUUUCCCUCAGUGCGAGGCAAAGCGGCAGCUUGAGGUUAUUCAGGCUAGAUUAGAUUCGAAACAAUAUCAGGAAGGCUUCUAACCGCAGUCAACCGAGAUCUAGAUACACUCAGCCAAUGUGUUGAAUCCUAGAAAAACGAGAUGAAGGUUAUUCCUAUAAUGACGCUUGAUGUCAGAAAAAGGAAAAAGUUCAAUUGAAACAUCACUGGAAUAAUUUGAAAGUGGAUGGCAAAUGUUAUUUAUGUACUGUUUUAGAAUUCUGUGACUAAAUAACGCGAUUGUCAAUAAGUAACAUCUACAAGAAAAAUGAUAAGGUUAGGCUAAUUUUUCUAAUGUGUAAAGAAUUCAUAUUUUAAUUCUUUAAACGGAAAAGAAUAUAAAGUGCGUUUAAAAGUCGUAAGAAAGCAGUUUGAUUAAAGAGCAAAAUUUAUAAAACCUUUGAAGAAGAUUUUAAGAUCCACGAUUUUACUAGUACACAAUGAUCCUUAUAACCCACUUUCAAGAUAGUUUUUUUUUAUUUGCGAUAUGUUUUUAUGAUGAUUAACGAGUUGUGAAACAAUUAAAAUCUAAGAUUAUAAACGCAUUGCGUAAUCAGUAUCAGUAUUGCGUAAUCAGUAAUCACCUAUAAAACUGCAUCGCUAUCAAUAGUCAUAAAAAUCAACCCAAUUUACAAAAAUUAACAUGCAUUAUCAACUGUUUUAUGAACUGUACAAGAAUAAUGCAAGUUUUUGCUGCUGAAGCUAGUUUUGUAAAUAGAAUAUAUUAUAAAAAAAAAAUCAUGAGUUUUGGCGGCAUAAAUUUUCAUAUAUAAUUUUAAUGAUUCAUUUAUAUGAAUGUAAGCUAAGCCCUCAUUCCAAUAAAACUUUUUUGGACUAAGAAAUGGCCAAUCAAACAAUCUUGCUCAAUGGAAAUGAAAGUUCGUAAAAUAGUACAUAUAGUUUUUCACAUUUUCACACUAUAUUUUGCGCACUAAAGGCUUAUUUAACUGAAAGUAAUGAAAAAGUCAGCACAGUGUUUUGAUUGUACAAUGUAGGUUAAAUAUUUGCGAAAAUUUUGUUAAGCGAAAACAUGUCAAUGGUAUAUUGAACAUUUUGUUUUUAAUUAGAUCGAUGUUGUAUUUUCAUUAUUUUAAUAGAAAUAUAUCAUCGCUA